GUGACCAGGGUCUGCAACUCGUUGGGUACGAGUUCCAUGCAUGGCUCCCGUGACUCUGCUUCCAACGCAAAAACCCAUAUUAUUCCGUAAAUCACAUCCCAAAAACCCACUUUAAUAUGCACACAAAAACACACACACUCUCAAGCAAACCACAAACCCUACCCAGUGGCCAGUGCCUGUGUCGCACCCACUACUCCGACGCCUCACUGGGCUCACUCAGUAGUCCGGCCCGGCAGCUGAUCGCACGAGCAAGGGCUUUCAGUGUGACAGCGAACCUAAGGUUUUUUGUUUGAGUUGAACUUAGAUGAUAAAGAAAACAGUUGCACCCAGAGAGGAAAGGGGCAGCGGUCAAACAAUCAUCAACAAAGAUGUCUGGUAGCUGUUGCUAUUUAUGACGAUGGCGAUCAUACACAAGCAGGAAGCCACCCCUAUUGACUCCAUAUGAACCACUGGAUAAGCAAGUUGACCAGGGAAGACUUGAUCAAAGCUGCAUUGAUAUUAUUUUGAAAAGAUACAGAGGUGGAUUUUAACCAUACAACACACUCGGCCUUUUUUGGUAGUGAAAGUACAUGUUGAAGACUUGGUAAACUUCUUGGAGCCAACAAAAUGACUGGCUUUAAUGUUUCAAAGAAUUUCAAGUCAAAGAUGAAAAGGUCACUCAGUGUUGUGAUGCCCGCAACUUAUUUGAGAACCAAAGUUUCAAAAGUGAUGUGAGGUAGAUAGAAGAAGGUAUAUCACAUUUGAGCGAGAGUAAAAAAAUGGAUAGCCCUGUAAGUGUCAAGGUAUAUUACCAUGGUAAGGUUUUACUACAGACACCGGAAGGAGUUCAAUUUGUAUGUCGGAAUCCAUGUACUUUUGCUGUCCCUUUCACGAUUUCUUUUGAAGAACUUAACGGGGCAAUUUGUCAAAGCAUAGAUUCUCCAAGAUCAAAGAAGGUGACAAGUAUUUUGUAUAGACAUCCUUUAUUAAUAUUUGGUGGGUUUAUACAAUUUCAGACAAUGUAUAUUACAGAUGAAGCAAGUAUGCAAAAAAUGUUUUCGAUCUAUCAUCAAGUUCAAUCACAAGUGUCAGUCAUAGAGUUGUAUGUUGAGUUUAAACAACUGCCUUUAGUGGUUGAAGAACCCGACCCAAUCAAGGAAUGGGAGGGGUAUAACAGUGAAAGUGAAGAGGAAUUUGACAGUAACUAUGAAAUUGUUGAUUCAAAUGAAGGUAGGGAUCAUGUUUACAGCACUAGACUUACUCUUUCUCAAAAUCAUUCUAAACUGAACUCAGACACCAUUGCAGAAGCGAUAAAGUCAUUGGUUAAAGCUGACCCAUCUUUAAAGAUUGAAGAAGUUCAAUCAAGGUUCAAUUACAUGAUAAGUUAUCGCAAAGCAUGGUUGGCGAAGCAAAAGUCAAUUGAGAAAGUUUUUGGUGGUUGGAAAUCUUCUUAUGAAGUUUUAUAUACAUGGUUUGAAGCAAUGUGUCAAAAAGAGCCAUCAGCAGCUGUCGAGUUUGAAAGUAUAAUUCCCUACGAUGGGAAUAAGAUUGCUCCUGAUGUCCGGAUAUUUAAUCGAGUCUUUUGGACCUUUUAUCCUUGUCUUAGAGCUUUCAGACACAGUAAACCAAUUGUACAGGUAGAUAGCACAAACUUGUGUGGAAAAUAUAAAGGGACUCUAUUGGUAGCAGUAUCACAAGAUGGCAAUCAGAAUAUUGUGCCUAUUGCCUUUGCCAUUGUCGAGGGUGAGACUUCUGAUGCAUGGUACUUUUUUCUUAGUCGUUUGCGGAAACAUGUGGUGACUCGAGAUGGUGUAGGUCUUAUCUCUAAUCAACAUGACUCUAUUAAGUCAGCCAUAGCUCGUAGUAAUGGAGCAUGGGAGCCUCCAAGAGCUUUCCAUAUGUUUUGCAUCAGACACAUAGCAUCUAAUUUCUUAAGAAGGUUUAAGGUGCCAUCCUUACAAAAACUUGUAGUCAAAAUAGGUUCAUCCAAGACAAUGCGUGAAUACAAUAUGCGUUACCAAAAGUUACAUGAGCAGGGUGAGAUUUACACUGAGUGGCUUGACAAGAUCCCCCGCUCACAAUAUGCUUUGGCUUUUGAUGAAGGGUAUCGCUGGGGUUGUAUGACUACGAAUUUAGUUGAGUGCAUCAAUUCGGUUUUGAAGGGAGUGCGCAAUCUUCCUGUCACAGCACUUGUUAAGGAAACAUUUAACAGACUAAAUGAGUUGUUUACUAGGAAGAGGGCUGAGGCUGAGGCUCAAAUGAAUGUUGGACAUGUAUUCUCUGAAUUUGUGAUAACCAAACUUCAAGCAUAUCAGCGCGCAGCAGGAAAUAUCCAAGUUAAUUGUUUAGAUAUGCAGAAUGAGAUUUUUGAGGUUCGUGAGAUCCCCAUCGGUGUGGAGUAUAGAGUGAAUCUACGUCAGUGUCGUUGUGAUUGUGGUGAUUUUCAGGUAGAUCGAAUUCCGUGUCUUCAUGUCUUUGCUACUUGUGCGAACCAACACUUAGAUUGGCAAGUCUAUGUUAACGAGGUAUAUAGGUUGGAUGAAAUCCGAAAGGUAUAUAGAGCUAGGUUUAGGCCAUUGGGAGACCCAACAACAUGGCCUGUUUAUCAAGGACCAAGGAUGAUUCCUAAUCCAACCUUUAAGCGAGUGUGCAUAGGCCAUCCAAAAAAACCACGACGUUGCAGGAUUUGUGGAGGCAACGGUCAUAGAUGCAGUAGAUGCCCUCAAGAUGUUGGUUCAAGUAGAGGAGGCUCAGUAGCCUCAGCUCCAUAUUGAUAAUGGUUUAUGUUGGUGUAUUAUGUGCACUGAUUAGUCUAUCUAUUGUGUGUUGGUUUACUUAGUGCAUGGAUUUGAUUUAUGGA